GGUUGCAGCAUUUGACAAAGAAAAUGAAGUAUCCUUUCAAUGCACUACCAACACUUGCUGAUGUUGAGUUUGUUUACUGUCCCGUGCUUGUGGUUCUUGGAGUGUCUGUUAACUUGUUGGCGAUUGUGAUUCUGUCGUGGAGGAACUGUGGUCUCUCAAGAUGCAUCACGUUCUACCUGAUAGCAAUGGCAGCAGCUGAUUUCCUUGUUGUUAUAACUGAUGUGAUGCUGAGGUGGCUUAUAAUGUAUUUCCCAGUGUCUUUCCUCGAUAUUACAUAUGUCUGUGGUUUGGUUACGAUGCUCAUUCCUGCGACCACAAUGAAUUCCGUCUGGCUGACCAUUGCUUUCACCUUUGAUCGAUUUGUGGCCAUUUGCUGCCAGAAGCUGAAAACCAAAUACUGCACAGAGAAAACUGCGGUCAUGGUUAUUGCAACAGUGAGUGUGCUGAGCUAUAUUGAAAGCAUUCCCUGGUAUUUCAAGUUCCAAUCCAAGUAUAUCUUCAACAACCUGCCGUGGUUUUGUGUCAUAAAACCAGACUAUUACACUUCAAUAUUCUGGAUGACUUAUGCUAUGUUCCAUCGUGUACUAUCCCCUUUACUGCCAUUCAUUAUUAUUCUUGUUUUGAACACUCUGACUGUCAGACAUGUUUUCAUAGCAAGCAAAGCCCGCAGAAGACUCCAGAAGGACAGUGCCGGCGAGAAGCCCAGUGACCCAGAGAUGGACAAACGCAGAAAAUCCAUCAUUUUACUCUUUACAAUCUCAGGCAGCUUCAUUAUUUUGUGGACCCCUUAUAAUAUAUGUUUCCUUUGUCAAAGAAUUGCAUCACUGUUUGAUUAUCCUCCACUUUCCCCAGCAGCAGGUACCAUCGCAUACCUGCUGCAGCUCCUCAGUACUUGCACAAACACUUGCAUAUACACAGUGACCCAGACACAAUUCCGAGAGCAGCUAAAAGCGGUUGUGAAGCUCCCUUUCACUCUGAUUCUCAGAUCCAAACAGUCAAUGUAA